UGUUGUUGAAUGUAAGGGGUCUGAACAUUCCAGAGAGGCGGCGCCUCCUACUGGCAGACAUGAGGAGGAAGGGUGCAGGCAUCGUGCUGCUCCAGGAAACUCACUUUAAGAGGGGCGGGGCGCCAUCUCUCCAUGACUGCAGGUACUCAGUGGGCUUCUUUGGGAACUACGUGGGUGGCAAG